CCGCUGCGGGAGAGGGAGGCCCGGGCAGCGGCCGGCUGGAGUUCGCGGAGGGACUAUCCUCUCGCGGAGGCGGCGGCCGCAGAUCUCCUGGGAGACCCCCCUCCAUCACCUCCCAUGCCUCUGGGACUUGGCCGUCGAAAGAAGGCACCACCCCUGGUGGAAAAUGAGGAGGCAGAGCCUGGGCGGGGUGGACUGGGUGUGGGGGAGUCAGGGCCCCUGGGUGGGGGUGGGGGAGGGGGGCCCCACGUGGGCCUACCUCCCCCACCCCCAUCUCUUCGGCCCCGACUGGUGUUCCACACCCAGCUGGCCCAUGGAAGCCCAACUGGUCGAAUUGAAGGCUUCACAAAUGUGAAGGAAUUGUACGGCAAGAUUGCUGAGGCCUUCCGUCUGCCCCCUGCUGAGGUAAUGUUCUGCACUCUCAACACACACAAAGUGGACAUGGAGAAGCUGCUUGGGGGCCAGAUAGGACUGGAGGACUUCAUCUUCGCCCAUGUCAAAGGCCAGCGCAAGGAGGUGGAAGUGUUCAAGUCAGAGGAGGCCCUGGGGCUGACUAUCACUGACAACGGGGCUGGCUAUGCCUUCAUCAAGCGGAUCAAGGAGGGGAGUGUCAUUGACCGGAUCCAAGUGAUCAGUGUGGGCGACAUGAUAGAAUCCAUCAAUGGGCAGAACCUGCUGGGCUGUCGGCACUAUGAGGUGGCCAAGAUGCUUAAGGACCUGCCGAGAGGCCGCACCUUCACCCUCAAGCUUACGGAGCCCCGGAAGGCCUUUGACAUGAUCAGUCAGAGGUCAGCAGGGGCCCGGCCUGGCUCAGGACCCCAACUUGGCACUGGCAGGGGGACCCUUCGCCUCCGUUCUCGGGGUCCAGCUACAGUGGAGGAACUGCCUUCAGCAUUUGAGGAGAAGGCCAUCGAGAAGGUGGAUGACCUGCUAGAAAGUUACAUGGGCAUCCGGGACACAGAGCUGGCAGCCACCAUGGUAGAGCUGGGCAGGGACAAGCGGAACCCGGAUGAGUUGGCGGAGGCUUUAGACGAACGGCUAGGUGACUUUGCCUUCCCUGACGAGUUUGUCUUCGAUGUGUGGGGAGCGAUCGGAGAUGCCAAAGUUGGGCGCUACUAGGACUCAGAUUGGACCGACUCCGAGGAAAUGUGGGACAGAGUUAACAUGAGCCAGGGCCGUGGGGCCUUGGGAGCAAAAAGUCUGGGAGACCAGACACCUGGGGCCCAUCCCAGCACCAUCACUGCUGUUUAAGGGAGAGAGCACUGAAGAAAUCUUUGUCUGGGGGCUCAGAGAGAGAGAGGGAGGAGGGGUCAGAGAGAAGAGCUGAGCCAAGGAUCCAGGCCCCCAGGCCCUCACCACUAUUACCACCACUGGAAUCCAACACUCCCCACACAGCCAGAGUAGGAGGGAGAAGGCCUGACCCUCAAUGCUCUCCAUCCAAUCGGUACAGCCCUUCCCUCCUCAGCCCGGCUGGGGUCCCCAGGGAGCCCCCCUCCUCCCCUUCCCACCUACCUCAGUGUCUAGAUUGGGGGAGGGAGAGCUGGUAAGCCUCCCCCUUCUUCCCGCCUCUACUUUUCCACAUCAGCUGCCAAACUGGCCCCACUCCCCUCCCUGGGGCACCCAGCUUUGUUUCAGGGGGCGGCUGUGACCUCUACUGGUUUCCCUGACGCAGGGGAGGGGAGUGGCGACCAGGCAGCCACUUUUCUCCCCCUCCCCUGCUCUUACUCCAGCAACUGCAAUAAGGUCACCACUAUGAGACUCCCCAGACCUGUUACCUCUGUAUUUGAACUUGACUGCUGUGAACCCAUCCCCUGUCCUAGGACUGACUUCCCUUAGGUGUCCCCACGGGUCCCCAACUGUCCUCACUGACUUUGAGGGGGCGGGGCAGGCCUUGAUUGGGGGGUUUUAUAUUUGAGUUAUCUUUAACAUAAAGAGACCUCUUGAGUGGAA